UAUCUUAUUACAAAUAAAUUAUUUGAGGCGGGAGGGCCGAAGAUCCACUGUUGUCUUCACCGCUCAACGCAUCUAUCUCGUCGACUCGUCGCUGCUUUGCAUUCGACAAAGUUCAGUCGUUCUUCCCCUUUUAUAACCUAAUGGCCCUAUCUCGACUUCUCUUCCUCUCUUCCAACAUCCAAGUUCUAUCCUUUGCUGCCAGCGGCGCCAAGACCCGCUGCGACUCCACCACCUCGGCACGGUUUAGGACCGGCAAAUUAACAUUCUCUUCUCCGGCAAGGAGAGGUGGACGCGCCGUUAUAAGUGGCAGCAGUUCCGUCGCUGCGGGGGAUGACUUGCCGGAGGAUUACGGAUCGAAGUUCCCGUCCGCGGAUCCAAGUGAAAGGAGGAGGGCCGGGGUGCUGCUUCACCCGAGCUCGUUACGUGGACCGUACGGGAUCGGAGAUUUUGGGGACGAGGCCAUCCGAUUCUUGGAUUGGCUUCACUCUACGGGUUGCUCUGUUUGGCAGGUUUUACCCCUUGUACCUCCCGGGAGGAAGUCCAAUGAAGAUGGAUCACCUUAUGCGGGCCAGGAUGCAAAUUGUGGAAACACUCUUCUUAUCUCUCUUGAAGAGCUUGUCAAAGAUGGCUUACUCACGGAGGAUGAACUUCCAGAACCCAUGGAUGUGGAAAAGGUUCACUUUGCAACUGUUGCCAAUUUAAAAGAUCCUUUAAUAGCUAAGGCAGCUGAGAGGCUCACACUAAGUCAAGGGGAUCUCAAGCUCCAGUUUGAGAGUUUUUGCAAAGAUCCUAAUAUCUCAUAAAUUUCUUCACAGUAACGUGUCGAACAACUAUUCACAACAGCGCGGCUCUUCUUACAGCAAAUUUUUGAUGCUGUCUACAGUGUUUAAAACACUGUGCCGAAAGCCCUUGUCUACCGUAACCCAAAGAACCUCUUCCAGCAAUGUACCGAAUAAAGCUACAGUGAAUGCAAGCACUGUGACGAUUUCCUACAGCAAUUGGCUUGCGGCUAAACAGAGAAAGAACUCUGUUGGCUUCUAUGAAUAUCAAAACAAAGAAAAGAACUAUUGGAUUUCGGCUAUUCAGUGACUUUUUGCUCUUCAGCUCUAUACUAUUUCUUCUCCA